GUCCCCACGUCCACCACAGAGCUCAGUACGAUGCUGUUGCCUCGUCCUUCGUCCACACAGGACUCGGAGCGGAGGGGGAGGGCGCUCAGCGCUGCCAGCUACCUCACCGACGCCAUGGAAGAGCUGGAGGAGGCCCAUAGGAAGUGCCACCCGUGCUGGUACGUGUUCGCCCACCGGUACCUGGUGUGGGACUGCUCUCCCAGCUGGCUGAGGGUGAAGCAGCUGGUGAUGAUCAUGGUGAUGGACCCCUUCCUGGACCUCGCCAUCACCGUCUGCAUCGUCCUCAACACCCUCUUCAUGGCCAUGGAGCACUACCCCAUGACGGACGAGUUUAACGGCAUGCUGACCAUCGGAAACCAG